UACUCAUGACUAUGGGAAAUGUAACUGACUUCAACGUUUCUGUCAUUUGAAUGUACAGUGAAUACAAAAACAAACACAGCCGAUUUUUAUUGUUGUCCUUUAUUGUUAUAAGAUAGUGUUAUUUAUUCUUUUAUAAUGGAUGACGAUCCGAGAGAAGUACUUGCUCUGUUGAAUUCAUUAGGAUUCGUUGGAAUUACCGGGCAACAACUUAAAGCUUUUAUGAAAGAUUUAAAGCUGUACAGGAAAAUCAAAGAACACGAAACGAAACGGAGAAAAGAAGAAAUGAAAAGAAAAAUAUUACAUAAACAACACAAUAUGAUCAAAGAAAUUCUUAGAGAACAUAAUGCAGAACAUUUAAUUGAAAGUACAAUAUCUAGUAAUUCUUCUAGUUCUUAUAUCGACAGUUCCCUUGUGAAGGUAAGGGUAAAAUGUUUAUCUAAUGGAAAAGAAAAUAAAGAAUCUAACUCUGAAGAAAAUUCUGCAAGAACCAGACAAAAAAUAAAUGUAGUCAAAUCAGAACCUAAAACUAGAGAGGUAUUUGAUCAUUAUACUAUUAAACCUACUAGUGUACCUUGUAAAGAAAAUGAUAUACUUCAGCAACAAAGUAAAACUAAAUAUCUUGAAGGUUUGAAAAAAGAUAUUUAUCUGAGGAAACAGCAUGAAACUAAUGCAGAAACUGAUAAAAUAAUACAUGAAAAAUCAACAUCUUUGCAAUCUGCACGUCCUAUGAGUGCUCCAAAUAUUUUAGAACGCGAACAAGACCAUAUUGGUAGUAGUCAAACAAAAAGUACACAGUCUACAAAGUCUGGAUCAAAGUCAUUUAUCAGACCAUGGAGAUUACAACCAGAAGUUCAAAAAGCCUUAAGUAUUAGAAAGUCUGAUCCUGUAAUGCUGUAUCAAAAAUAUCAGCAAGAGUGGAAGCAGAUGUCCUUUCCUGGAGAAGCUAAACAUUCAAGUAUAAGAUGGGCAAUUCGUGAAAAAAUGUUGGGUGGAGAUCCUCAUCCCAUGCCUCUUCCUAAAAAGUCAACUAGUAUGCCAAUGCUUAAAAAAAAAUGACCUUGGUUGAAUUAGGGAUUAAAAUUUUUCAAAGGAGUAAAUAAUUAUGAAAAAAUUUGUACUAAUAGGUAUGUUACAUUGAAUAGUUAUAAGAAAAAAUUGUUUGCUAUUAUUAAAAAUAAAUACAGAUUGAUAAAUGGUAAACAGGUA